CCGAGAGCGCUUCCGUCUCCCGGCCGCCCCGCCGUCGCCAUGGCCGCGCCCGCCUCGGGCCUCAUCUCGGUGUUCUCGAGCCCGCAGGAACUGGGCGCGUCAUUAGCGCAGUUGGUGGCGCAGCGGGCUGCGUGCUGCCUGGAAGGGACCCGGGGCCGCUUCGCGCUCGGCCUGUCGGGCGGCAGCCUCGUGUCGAUGCUGGCCCGUGAGCUGCCCGCCGCCGCCGCCCCCGCCGGGCCCGCCAGCCUAGCGCGGUGGACGCUGGGUUUCUGCGACGAGCGGCUGGUGCCCUUCGAGCACGCCGAGAGCACGUACGGCCUCUACCGGACGCAGCUGCUCUCCAGACUGCCCAUCCCAGACAGCCGAGUGAUCACCAUUGACCCCACGCUGCCCGUGGAGGAGGCAGCCGAGGACUACGCCAACAAGCUGAGACAGGCCUUCCAAGGAGAUUCCAUCCCGGUUUUCGACCUGCUGAUCCUGGGGGUGGGCCCUGAUGGCCACACCUGCUCCCUCUUUCCAGACCACCCACUCCUGCAGGAGCAAGAGAAGAUUGUGGCCCCCAUCAGUGACUCCCCAAAGCCACCUCCACAGCGUGUGACCCUUACGCUACCUGUGCUAAAUGCAGCCCGAACUGUUAUCUUUGUGGCCACUGGAGAAGGCAAGGCUGCUGUUCUGAAGCGCAUUCUGGAGGACAAGGAGGAGAAGCCGCUGCCCGCCGCCCUGGUCCAGCCCCACACGGGGACGCUGCGCUGGUUCCUGGACGAAGCGGCCGCCCGCCUCCUGUCGGUGCCCUUUGAGAAGCAUUCCACGUUGUAGCCGGCAGGGGGACGCCAGGGCCACCAGGGCCACUGAGGCUGUGCGCCAGGGACCUCCCGGGGCUGGGCCCCUCUGGCCACCGCUCCCGGCUGCGUUUGGGAGGAGCCACGUGGUGCUACGAGAAGGAAGGGACCUGGCCGCCAGCUCUGCCUGGCAGGGUCAGCCACGCUGUGGGCCGGUGACCUGGGUAUUAAAGGGAGCAUUGCUGGAA